GAAAGCCUUGUAAUGAGAUGCUGGUAGCUGACAAAGGUUUUGUUAAGACAAGAACCUACAUGUGUUCAGUAUGAUUAGGUUGUUAUUCAACUCUAUAUUUCAGAGAUGUAUUGCAGAGAUGUGUUGGGUUUCUUUUUUAUUUGAAUAGGUAAUCUUUACCACUAACUGUUUGCGUUUCUGCAAGGAGGAUGUAUGUUUUUUCUGUUGAAAUUAUCUUUGCUUCCACUUCCAUUGUAUUUUGUAUUGUAUUGUAUUUUGUAUUGUAUUGUAGAAUAUCUUUGUAAAAGAUGAUACUUCAGGUUAUAUAUGUGCUAUUUUUCAAGUCUAUGAAUGGCACAGCAGAAGGUGGGGCCAUGGAAAAUGGAGCAGGGGAUGGAGGAAAAGAUGAAAAGAAGCACACAAAGAAUGGAUUGGAGAAAGAAUUAAAUGAAUUAGAAUGCCUUUUGACUGCCCAGAGGACAGCUUUGGAGAUUAUCACUAAUCUCUGUUGUACAGAUGAUGAGGAAGAAGUGUGGGAGGACCUUGACAGCAGUGAUGCCAGCUCUGAUGAAAUGUUAACAGCAGAUGUUGAUAUGGAGGGAUCUGAUGAAACAGUAUUAAGUCAUCUCUGUGUCCAGUCUGAAGUUCACGGUGCUUUUGUUGGUAAUAAUCUUGUUCCUAGGGUGAUGUGCAAAACUAAUUUCCCCAGUGCUGAAGUUCACACAAUAUUAAGCGGAUAUGGGAGGGGGAAGAAAUUGUUGAAAAGUAUUGAAGUCCUGCAGUCCCGCUCCCUGUUGUGUGUCAGUAACAUGGUCAGUGGUAUGGACAUUGAGGCACUUGGAGGGAUGGACAAGCUGCACUUAAUUUGGGAAAACCUCUCCCAACUUGCUCUUAAUAAACAAGCUGUAGAGAGUGCAGAUCUGUUGGAAGCUGUCACCAGUGCCAUGAGAGCAACUAUACAGAAACUGGCUGAACACAAGUCUCCUAAGUUCUCCAGUGUUGUCCCCAGCGACCUCCAGUUUGUGUUUGAGCUGGGACAGCAGAGCAGUCAUCCCCCAGUCAAGGCCAAUGCUGUGAGGAUAUUGUCCACUAUUGGUUGUCUGCUUGCCAAACAGAUGGAGCCACAUAGCCUGCUUAAGAAUAUUGGCACAUUUCUUGUGGAAAUAGUGAGCAAGGACCAGGAGUUGUGGGUGGUUGCCGAGGCGCUGGACGCCAUCUUCGAUGUAUUUGCGGAGGAUCAUCUGGACUCAGUUGUCAGGGAGAUAGGGUUAACAGACAAACUCAAGGCUGUGGCACCACAGCUGAAGGCUAAGAUUCAUCAACAGAAGAGAAGCCUAGGAGACCAUCUCCCUAUCAUCAUGACAGCAAGGACAAAUCUGAUGCGGUUCAUCAAGUACAAAUCUUGACCAGGAGAUUGACUUAAAGAUUUUUUUUUUUUCCUUCUAAUAGUGACUUAAAACUCAGCAGUCAUUUGGAUCAGAGAAAUAAUUGAAGUAUAGUACUUCAAGUUUCAUUAUUUUCUGUAACAUGCAAUUUUUUCAUUCUUUUUAUAUAGUCCCAAUGGAUGAUUUAUGUGUUAUCAGAAAAGACUGGCGUUGAAUGUGUGGGCAUUAUUAGCAUUUUGCAGAGGUCUCAAUGGAUUAUUACUGUAUGCAAAAUCAGUAUUGAUAAGAAGUGUUGCCUCAAUUUUUGUCUUCAUCUUUUCCUAUGUUUCUCUUGAUUUCAAGAGCAAGAUAUUAUUUUCGUAAUGAGAUCUGAAAAGCUUAUGGUUUCAUUUCAUCCAAUAAUUUACAAGCAAUUCAUGUAUUUAUUGUCUUUUUUCUUUUGUUUUGGUGAAACAUGAAUUUGGCUCAAAUUUGUGAUAAAUAUAAUCCUAGUUUUGUUGUUUAGGAUCCAUGUGGAUAUAACAUGUGUAAAGUGUGUGAGGAUCCUUACUGUUAAUAACUGGAUUUGCACACAAUGAUUAUUUUAAGGAAUUGUUUUUAAAUGAUAAGCCAUGCAACUUGAUAUGUUAAUGUUAAGGUCAUUUUAUUGUUAACUUAUUGUUAUUAUAUCCAUCAAGCAAUUGAACCUUUUG